UAUUUACCAUAUCAUUGUCACUUAUUAUAUGAAGAAUACAAAAACAACGCUAUCUAAAGUGAUCACGCCAAACACAAACACCAGUGUGCUUAUUAUAGAUACUAAUGUAUACUUGUAGAUACUGAUAGUAUACUUGAGUAACAUUACAUCACAGUUUAUCACCAAAAACCGGCUUUAAGUGUAUUGGUUCUAUCACAAACAGUCAGUCACUGCAAUUGCUUAUUUGAGUCCAACGACUAUUCUACCGGUUGGCGCGAAUGAAACGGAACGAAGUUGAAUAAAUGAAGAGAAAUGAUUGAAAUGUAUGUUGUGUUCAUCUGAAUGUGAGAUUAGUCUCUGUCUGUCGAUCGUUUGUGAUGAUCGUUAAUGCAGUGGUUAGUUUUUUGGUGUAGGAUUGCCUUUUACUCUGUAUGUUCUGGUUGUUUGUAAGUUUGAUAUAAGCACAUCUCAAUGUCUAAACCAAUUCUAUACUACGACGAUGUCAGUCCACCAGUCCGAAGUGUUUUACUGACACUGGCUGCUUUGGACAUCAACGAAAAAAUCGAUUUGAAAUGGAUUGAUCUUUUUAGUGCCGCCCACCGAAAUCCAGACUACAUUCAGAUCAAUCCUUUGCACACGGUUCCAGUGUUAGAACAUGACGAUCUCGUUCUGACAGACAGCCAUGCUAUUUUGGUCUACUUGUGCGAUGCUUACGGUCAAGGUACGUCGUUUUCAUUAGCCGACCACAAAAAACGUGCCAAAGUCCUCAAUCGGUUGUGUUUCAAUAAUUCCAUAUUUUUUCAGCGAGAUGCAGAAUUGAUGCGCAAAAUUUUCCGAGAUAAACUGAACGACAUUUCGGCUCAUUUGAAACCUGUUACUGAGGCCAUAGAUUAUAUCGAACUUUAUCUAUCCAAAACCAAAUUUAUUGCAUGUGACGAGUUAACCGUUGCCGAUUUUUCUAUCGUUUCAACAUUGAGCACAUUGGAGUCUGUUUGUCCUAUCGAGCGCUCUCGUUGGCCGAAGGUGAAGGCAUGGUAUGACGACCUCCAGAAGCUACCUUACUACCGGAAAGCUAAUCAAGUAGGUCUGGACAAAUUGCGAACCAAAUUGCGUUCCAUUUUGACUGCUGUCCCAGAACAGAUGUGAUCUGGCUAAAUUGAGCAAUUAGAAUAAUUUCACUGAAUGUUUUUCUUAUGGUUACUUAUUAUAAAGACUAAUAAAAUUUAUUUUCAAUUUAGUGAAAUCGUGAAAGAGCACGAAA